AUGCUGCAGGUCGGCGAUCAAGGCAGUGACAGCCCUACCCAACACACUUGGUUGGUUUUCCCAUUUAACGCCAUCAUGACAGGACUAGACCGCCACUUUCGAUGUGGUGGUGCCAUAGUGCGAAGUGUCUCUUUGCCAUUUGCAAAGGGCCAUAGGCGUAUGAAGUGGGUGAGCUUUUGGUACAACAAAGUGCCCUUCCGUUCGAAGGAUGAUGACACAGGAAAGGAAAUGAAAUGA